AUGUCCGAGGAUGACGUUGACUGGUUCCUUGAAGAAAUAAAGAAGUUCAGAGCCGACCAGGAGGCCCCCUCGGGCUCGAGGUUCUUCUCAGCCGCCUUGUGCCGGAGCCUUGCAUUGGUCCAUGGUCCAGCUCGACGACUCUCUCUAUUGGAAUAUCGGUUCAUUGAGGUCCUCAAGGAGCUGCAGAGUCUUCCUAUGAGCUCUGGUCAGGUGGAGGAGAGCGCUGUCAGCAUCACGGACUCGUUCUUUUGCAUCGAGCUCAUCCGACCGUGCCAGCCGUAUAAGGCAGAGGAUGGCAAGACCGUUGUGGUGGAAGAGACAAGGAUCUCGGACCUGAUCCUGAUGGCGGAGGUCCCAUGUUGGUGGGCACCCUAUCUCCCUCACUUGGAGGAUAUGCGCCGACUAAAAUCAACCUUUAAGGCCUCCCCGGACACAAGCAUGGCCGGGACCACUAAGAAGGAUGAGGUUGAGCCAGUCCGAGUUGAGUCCAUUGUAGAGUUGGAUGAUAGUGACGAGGAGCCAGAGAAGAAAUGUCGGAGGGUGGGCGAGCAGUUAUCGAAGGAAGUCGAGGCCCG